UCACAUCGAGGCUCUAACAGCUGAGGAGGAUGCUGAACAAGGCGAUUUGAAGCCCGGAUCAGCUCUGACUGCUGCUGGUUUACAUUUCACUUCAUUUCAUUAAUUAAUUAAUUAAUUUAUUUGUUUAUUAGAGACCUUUCCUCUCACUGACAUUAUUUUCUAUUUAGCCAUUAUAAUUUUUGGUAUUAAAUCCUGAGACACUGAAAGUAUUUCGGGCGCAUUCCUGCUGCUGGCUGGGACUAUGAUUUAUCGGCGCUUGCAGCUUGGCUCUCAUGACAGACUCGCUCUCACUGGGUCUCUUUCAGACGGAAGAGAGCGGUGAAUUGUCUUUAACUUUCUUGAGCAUCUUCGACGAAUUCAGCUGCAGCGGGUACUUUUUGCACUUGAGCGGCUGUCCUGUGUGUAGGUGUGGAAGCAGCCAUGUGGAGCAGAGAGAGCGCUCCUUUACUCCUCGUCUGCCUGCUGGCUCUCACAGCCCUCUGGAAAACCAGAUCGGUGAAUGCAGAUGCCACAUCUGAUUCCUUUAAAAACAACAUCACUCUGUUCACACGCAUCCUGGACAGCCUGCUGGAUGGGUAUGACAACCGUCUACGGCCUGGUCUUGGGGACAGAGUAACUGAGGUGAAAACAAACAUCUAUGUUACCAGCUUUGGACCAGUUUCAGACACGGACAUGGAGUACACCAUAGAUGUUUUCUUCCGGCAAAGCUGGAAGGACGAGAGGUUGAAAUUCCAUGGACCAAUGAAUAUUUUGCCCCUGAACAACCUGAUGGCGAGUAAGAUUUGGACACCGGACACCUUCUUUCACAACGGGAAAAAGUCUGUGGCACAUAACAUGACCAUGCCUAAUAAACUGUUGAGGAUCAAAGAUGACGGGACUCUGCUGUACACCAUGAGGUUAACUGUGCAUGCAGAGUGCCCAAUGCAUCUGGAGGAUUUCCCCAUGGACUCUCAUUCCUGUCCACUAAAAUUUGGCAGCUAUGCCUACACAAUCUCAGAGGUGACUUAUGCUUGGACUCGCAAUGCUUCCGAGUCUGUUGUAGUGGAAGGGGAAAGCUCUCGGCUGAACCAGUACGACCUGCUUGGGCAAACGGUCGGACAAGAAACCAUCAAAUCGAGUACAGGUGAAUAUACAGUGAUGACGGCUGAAUUUCAUCUGAAGAGGAAGAUUGGCUACUUUGUUAUCCAGACUUACCUCCCAUGCAUCAUGACAGUCAUCCUUUCCCAAGUGUCUUUCUGGCUGAAUAGAGAAUCAGUGCCAGCUAGGACUGUGUUUGGUGUAACUACUGUUCUCACAAUGACAACUUUGAGUAUCAGCGCAAGGAACUCCCUGCCUAAGGUCGCCUACGCCACUGCCAUGGACUGGUUCAUCGCCGUGUGCUAUGCCUUCGUCUUCUCCGCUUUGAUUGAAUUUGCUACUGUCAAUUACUUCACAAAGCGCGGCUGGGCUUGGGAUGGAAAAAGCGUGGUGACUGACAAGAAGAAAGAGAGAGCCUCCAUCGUCAAGAAGAAUAACGCCUACGCUGUAGCAGUAGCCAACUACGCGCCUAACGUGACCAAGGAUUCCAGUACUCUUCCCACCAUCGCCAAAGGCGGAGCGACGGACCCAAACAAGCCCAAAGCGGAUGGCAAGGCCCAAGAAAGCAAGAAGACCUUCAACAGUGUCAGCAAAAUUGACAGGUUGUCACGGAUUUUGUUUCCUGUUCUCUUUGGCAUCUUCAACCUCGUCUAUUGGGCAACCUACUUAAACAAAGAACCCGUUAUACCAAAUAUGGUCCCCUCUGUUUAAGAGACCAGUUUUGAUAGCUUCUUGUCUGGGGUCUAAGUAAUGAAUCAAAUACCUCCAGCAACUAUGUACACAAACCUUUGCAGAGUGAAGCCCUGGACUGCAGUGUGACCCUCUAUCUUCGCCUGUUUUCUACACUGUCUGCAGCACUUUUAAGAGCCCGGCUUUUUGUAAAUGUGUAUGUAUAUUUAUAUUUAUGGUUUCAUGGUGACAUAUAUUGUACGAUGACUCUAAUUAGAGUGCAUAUUUCUUUCAAAGUAUGUUUCCAGUUUCAGUACGUGGCUGCUGUACAUACAGAUCCAAUGAAGAGUAAACACAUAAUCACUAAGAAUCACGUUUGAUUUCGGAUCACUUCUCAGUGUGUUGAAUUCUGCUGUAAUGCCCACUUUCUUGAUAUAACAGUAUAUAUUUUUGUCUCGAGUGAAAGGGACUGACUAUCGUUUGAUUUCUUUCUUCAUAUAAGAGUCUUUCAACUCUUUUUCUUUAUUUCCAAGCCAGUGCAAAAACACACUUGUAUAGUACUGUUACAGUUUAAAGCUUGUUUUAUUAUCUUUGACUACAGGUAUGGGGCUUCAAUAAAAAAAGAAAGAAAGAAAAAAUCUCCAAAAUUAUCGAAACACUCCCAGAUCCUGAAAGGCUGUGAAAAGAAAAAGAUAUGAAAUGAGAAUGUGUGGUUCUGCCAGCUCGAUGUACCAUUUGGGAUUACAGGACAAUAUCGCCAAAGAAACAAACGAUACACUAUAAAAAAAAGACAUAUUUCCCAAAGGUUGUGCAUGUGUAAUAUUUGUGCAAAAAAUGGGAAAACUUCAGAACUAGCUAUACCCCAGAAAAAAUAAUUUAUGUACAACAACAGCAGAUAAACGGAUUAGUUUUAGAUCUCCAAAGGGGAACAGAAGAAUUCAAGAUUACCCAUAAAAAUUAUUUUCUCUGGCCAUCAGGGUGCGCAGAUGACCCCACAAAAAUAAAACAGAGCGGACAGAAGUGUUGCUUUAAGUGGUAUUUAUGCUUCUGUGUUAAAUAUACGCUGUUGUUAUGUUGUAACAGCAAACUCUUUAUGAACUUGCGCCUGAUGUGGACCUACCUAGAACUGCUAUUACGUUAAUGCAGCCUGCAUUAAGCCUGCAGCCUGCUCCUUGUGUUAAUGCACCCUGCUACAACUAUUCUUGGCCUUCUUUUCGACUCUAAUCGGCUCAAGAACGUCCAACUAGUGUUCUGGCAGCAAAACUGCAGAGUAACGCAGGCACCUUGCCACAAGUGCAAAUGCUGGCAAUGACAAACAUGUGAAUUGUACUUCUGCGUCAGAUCCGCAAGGAACAUUGGAGAAAUCCGGAGUUUCCACAAAAGUUUUGCAAGAUCCUGAGAAACACUUUUCCCUGCAUUUAUCGUACUUCCAUUAGUACCCGUGAAGCUGUCCAGAACACUGCAGGUGGUUGCUAAUGAAUGUAACCCAGGCCACCAGGUCAGGGCACGCCUUGCCACGAGUGUUUUCCCUUACAGUAAGAGCUCUCUUCAGAUGUCUCUCUCUUAAAUAAAGCUCUGAUUUAAUGACAUCACAGUUUAGCCCGAACUCAAAAUAAAACUAUAAAUCUCUCCCGUGGGCGUGUGUCUUACGUCGCUAUGAUUCUUUUCAAGAACUCCAUACUGGCCUGGAAGUGCAUGGAUGUAAAUCAAAAACUUCUUCUGGAUUUCGCAAAGCUUUUGUGGGAUGUCGCAAAAGUACAUCUUCAUUUGCACCUGCC